AAUCACAAGUACAGCCACACUGGUUUUUGUCGCCUCAAUCUACGGCAUCCUGCUGCGAUACAUACCCCAUAGGCUUGGAAGAUAACGACCAUGUCAGGUCGGAGGCCCUACCGGCAAGUCAUCGAUGGUGUGCCCAGGUGUCCGUUCGUCAUACCAGAAAUCUUUCGAAAAGGUCUCUCUUUUCGCGCUGCCAAGGGGGACGUUGUCCAGAGCAGCUAUCCCAAAAGCGGCACCCACUGGGUUCAGUACCUCACGCAGCUUAUCCUGAACGGAGGACAACCCAUUAACUCAUACGACGAUUUCACCCGCAACCACAGGGCGAUCGAGUACGUAGACACCGAAGGUUGGGUGUCGUCGAUGCCAGUCAGACUGUUCACGACGCACCUGCCAUUGAGUCGAGAUACAUUGAACAAGGAGGCCAAGUACGUCUACGUCGCCCGAAACCCAUGGGAUGUUUGUGUGUCGCAGUUCCGCAUGACCAAAGAUGUCAGCAUCGCGAAGUUCGAAGACGGAACCUUCGAAGAGUUUUUCGAACCUUUCGUCGAGGGCGAUUUGGGGUACGGGAGCUACUUCGACCAUGUGGCGUCAGCUUACGCCCUCAAGGAUGAACAGAACGUGUUCUUCGUGACCUACGAGGAGCUCAAGAAGGACACUAGAGGCACAGUCUUGAGACUGGCUAGCUUUCUGGGUGAGAGCUAUCAUACAGCUCUUCUGAAAGACUCGCAAAUGCUCCAGAACAUCCUCGAGUUGUCAAAAGCAGAGCGUAUGAGAAAUGUUAUCGUGCUUAAUCUCAGCGGAAAUGAGACUCAGGAAUGGAACAAGCUUUUUGACAACCGGAAGAUUACGAGCAAGGAAGGCUACGCUGGAGACAAAUCAAAGUACGCUCUGGUCAAAGAAGCCAAGGUGGGAGGAUGGAAAGCAUAUUUUACGCCCGAACUACUCGCCCGUUUUGAGAAGAAAGUACUGCAAGAAGGGGACAGGGCCUCAUUUAUGAAACUGUGGGAUGACAUUCGCAAGGAAGCUUUUAAAUUAUCCCACGAGUCUACAUAACACCUGUUGUCCUCUAUAGUUAAGUUGUAAGCUGCUAGUGAGCAAUGCAAGUGAUAAAAUAGGGAGCACCGAAAUGCUUUGACAGAAGUUUUCUUCUGGAAUAAAUUGAAUUGAAUUGAA